UUGAUUCUAACUUCUCAUGCUAAAGCAAGACUUACCGCGGUUCUUCUUCGAAACACAACUAACAUUACUAUUGUGAAAGUAGGUAUGGCAGAAAAAACUAAAAGUGCCAAGGAAAAUACCCUGAAGAGGGACACAGGAGUUGAUGAAAUCUUGCCGUGUUUGUAUCUGUCCAACCGCUUUAAAGCUAGCUGUAAAAACAUCCUUGAAGCUUACGAUAUCAAGACAGUAUUGACGGUAAUGGAACGCCCUAUGGAGGAAGAGAAACGGCUAGGGCAUAUCACUUACGAGUUUGUUGAGAUGGACGACGAGUGUAGUCAUGACAUGCUCUCCAAUAUGGCCAACUUCAACGAGAUCAUUCAUCGCGGUCUCCAGAAAGGUCACAUGCUGGUACACUGCCUAGCUGGGGUAUCACGGAGUGUCACUGCUAUAGCCUCCUAUCUCAUUGCUACUUUAGGCUUCUCCGCUCCUCAAGCUGUUUGCAUCAUCAGAGAAGGUCGGCCACGAGCAGGACCUAACGAUGGUUUCUGUAAUCAACUGACUGUGUUUGAAAAGAGGGUGCAGCGCGAGAAAGGGGGGAGGGUAGUGACUGAAAAUCCUCUGGCAAAUCGCCAAAUAGAACAGACUUUGGAAGAGAGUGAAAAAUUCUCGAACUUCAGUCUGGUUAGGAGGAUUAUCCAUGAGAAGCAAGAAAAGGGUCCGUUAAAGUUUGGGAAGCCUGGCUCGGAAUUUACUGUACACUGCAGACAGUGCGAGAAGCUACUCCUAGAAUGGGAUGAUGUGAUGUUCCAUGAUCCUUCCUCCCACCUUAUACCAAGAGAGACUGCUCCCUGUAACAGCUACUUCACUGUCUGGGACACGGUGAUGAAGAACAGAGGUGCUCUCAACUUCUCAUCCAGACUCAAUGAGGAGAGCAAAGACCAGAAGUGGUUGGCAUGUGUGGAGUGCAAAGCUGAAGUAGGGGAGGCGGAUGCUUGGUACGGGGUUAUAUGCGCUUGCGAAACACUCAUCGUGCCUGGGUACCAGAUAAUAAAGGACAGGGUGACGGUUAAAGAAAAAGUACCGAUAAAAGGUUCGGUUUAAAAGCAGGCGAUGAGAAGACUCAAUGAAUGGUGCUGUUCUGUUCUCUUUUCAGUGCAAGUGUCAUUAAUAUGUAAUAUCCGUCAUGACCGAUAUGGUGAUGAUGACCAUCCUAGACUGAGUUGACAGUAAUUGUAUAGAUCUAUAAAGUUAUGAACGAAUUUAUACAGGGGUGGGCCAAAAGUCAGUGGACAUACUAUAUAUACUAUAUUGUAUAGCUGAUUUUUUGAAAUUCAAGUUUGCAGUUUUGUUAUGUUGUUUUAUUAAGUUUAUGUUCAUUGUGAGUAUAGUUUUUUUUGAGUAUUUUUCGAGUUUGUAGUUUAUUUUCACAUUGUAAUUUUGCCAAAUUUUCAUGUUUUAGCAUAAUUUUGAAAAUAAAUUUUUGGACACGACCAUUACACGUUAACUUAUCAGGAACCUAAACUUAAGUAGGAUAAGAAUUAAUGAUAUACUGUAGAGAGGUCAUUUGGACCGCCAAGUGAUCGUCUCUGUUGAGAAGGGUUAGAAUUACGUCUAAAUCCGUGACUAUAGAUUGGUUGUCCAGUUUUAGGGUGCACAGCGACAACUGUCGUCGGGGUCACCACCGAUUUUCCUCUAUUAGAAGAAGUACCAUCGUACUUGUUGUUGAUAGUACUCUGGAUGUUUUGGUAAAGUUUGGCUUUGUCGUAAGUGGUCGUCUUUUCCUUGACUCUGCUGUCUUUGUUUGCACUAGUAGUGGAUGUUCUUGUUCUAGUACUAUUUGUGGAUGAUCGCC